GUCAGACUGCUGAAGUUUGGGAUCCUACCGCCGUGGAGUGCCGGAAACUACUCCACCACCACUUGGAUUCCUGACUGUGACCACUUGCUUGUCGUCUACGUGCCCGCACUCACACUCGUGAAGUACGACUGUGGACUCACGGAGAACGGGACGGUGAUCUGCGGCUACCCUUUACACUUUUCGGAGGUCGAAGGGAUGUGGAUCGUUCGUGGGAAGCGGAACAUGGCGGUUGAGAAUCCAGUUCGCGUGUUUUCCAGACAUGUGGUCAACGAGAUAUGCGUUGGAUUCCGAUUCUCCACUGCUCCCGACGGUCACCAGCAGUUCAUCCAGAACGUGGAGACUUUCUUGGACAAGGUCUCCAAGGCGAACGGUCAGGUGCAGCAUGUCGCGACGCUCCUGGAAGGUCUCAAGAAGGCAGAAAGAGAGAUGGAAGUUUUGCUGAUCAACGAGUAC